AUGGAUCCAAGUAAAUUCACAUUCCAACCUAAAUCCGAUGCAGCACCCAAGAAAGAAUUCUCAUUCGCCAGUUUCGCAUCCAAAGCAUCCAGCGGAGAUGCUCCAGUUACAGUAAAACCGUCACCAUUCAGCUCUAUUUCCUCACUAAAUACAAAUCAAAACGUGAUAUCAGAUGGACAAGAAAAGGGAUUUGGCGCCAAACCAACUUUCGGUCAAACGGCUUUUCAAAGAAAACCGAUGGAUCAAAUGAAGAUUCCGAUUUCUAACCCACCAACUUUUGGAGCAAAUGUUUUCGAAAAGAAAGCCGCAUUUGAUGAUGGAAAAUCGUUUGCUCUCAAAAAUCCAUUCGAAGCAGCAAAAUUGAAACAAGAAAAACCACAUCCAAAUUUCGGGCAAACUUAUAUGGAAAGAAGGAAAUUGCAAGAAGAAAGAGGUAUUUCAAAACCAGAAAUUCCGGACAGAAAAAGAGCCACAAUGCAACCAUAUGAAGCGAAAAAAGGGAUAAGCGAUCGAAUAACCAAAAGACCAAUGUUCGAUGUGAGCAAAUUCAAAUUUGUUCGAAAACAAGAUGCACCACCAGCCCAACCUCUACCAGGCACUGAUGAAACCGAUGAAAACCCCAUGAAAUUUCUGAAAUCUGUUGGCUCCGCUCCAAACCUCGACAACAACGCAGUAAUACCCGACGAUAAACUUUGGAAACCAAAAAUCCCUCAACAAUCGAGAAUUGAAGUUAUCAAAAGUCGAGAAUCCUCAAUUCCUCGAAGUUUUUCACCAGAAUUGAAGGAUGAUGCAAAAUUGAUCAAGAAGUUAGCCGAAUUGGAAGGACGUGAAUGUGCUGGGGAAUAUGAGAAAUAUGCGAUUUUAGAUGAACGCGAUAAAAUUCUGUAUCAACUUCGAGCAAUUAACAGUCCUGUUAUUAAACAAUUGGAAAGAUGCGAAGAAAUGUGCACGGAAAAGGAGAGAUAUAUGAGAAUUGUGCAAAAACGGUCAUCGCCAUUUGAAUGUGAUGAGGCGACUUUUGAAGUGGCUCAUCAAAUGAUGGUGAAAGUAAGUCUUUAAAAAACUUUGGUAGUUAUCAAAAUAUUAAUUUUCAAUAGGAAUAUGCUCGAUCCGCGGCUGAUCAAGAACGUCCACUUCCCCACGAACUUCGAUCCGAAAAAAUGAUGGAACACACAAUGUCAUAUCUCCUUUCUCAAGUUCUCGACAAAUUCCCCGAAACCGCCGAACAACGCACCGGUUGGUACAAUUUCUUAUGGAGUCGAACUCGAGCUGUUCGAAAAGAAGUCACACAAUUGUCGAUGAGUGACACUUUGGCAUUGGAACUUGUUGAGAGAUGCACGCGGCUGCACAUUUUAUUCGGAUAUAUUUUAUGCGAUUUGGAAGUCGAUCAUUUUGAUCAGAAAAUGAAUAAUGAGAAUUUGGGUAAAUGUUUGCAAACUUUGCGGCAUUUGUAUGAGGAUUUUGAGAGACGUGGCAUAAAAUGUGUUAAUGAACCAGAAUUUCGAUCGUAUGAUGUUAUGAUGCAUAUGAAUGAUAGCAAUGUAUUCUCUCAGGUAUGGAUUUGGGCAGUUUUCUAAAUCGGACCAGGGUGACAUUUUUCAAUAGGAAUCGGACCAAAAAAAAGGAAUCGGACCAGGUUCGAUUUUUUGAGAAAAAUUCUGAAUCGGACCCGAAAAAUCGGACCACUUUUUCAAAAUUUCCUGAUUUUUGCACCAAAAAAUUGACUUUUUUGAAAAAGUGGUCCGAUUCAGAAUAUUUCUCAAAAAAUCGGACCUGGUCCGAUUCCUUUUUUGUGGUCCGAUUCCUAUUGAAAAAUGUCACCCUGGUCCGAUUCAGAAAGCCCUUAAAAUCGGGUCCGAUUAAACGGACCUGGUCCGAUUCCUAUGGUCCGAUUCAAAAAUUUGCCAUGGAUUUGGAAUUAGAUAUUCGAAACAUCGCAAUUUCAGGUUUUAUCAUAUCGAAGUGAAGUUCGCCAAUCGCCUUCAGUUUGUUUGGCUUUGCAAUUAUCGAUUAGUUUUCAAAAUAACAAUUAUUGCAAAUUCUUUCGACUUUUGAAAAGUCAGGCGACUUAUUUGCAAUGUUGUAUGUCACAUAAACUAUUCAAUGAGGUUAGUUUUGAAAAACAUAUUUUUUGGAAAUGAAUUUUAUUUCAAAUUACACGUCUAUCUUUGAAAAAAAUAAUCGUUGCAUUUUUCAGAUCAGAUCCAAGGCUGUAAAUGUGAUCACAUCAUCCUAUGGUAGAAAUGCUGGAUAUCCCCUCGAUAAAUUCUGCUCGCUUCUCGCUUAUGAUUCAAUUGACGAUUUAAAAUCAGCCCUUGAUAUUUAUGGAUUAAGAAUAGAUAUGGAUGGAGAUCAAGUUGUUCUAAAUCGUGAUUUUCUAAGCCUAAAUGAUCCAAUUCCAAUGCGACCUUAUGAAUGGAUUGAUAAGAAGAAAAAUGGGAGAUUCAGUCAAGUUGUGUAUGGUCCAACUCUCUUCAAUUUCUUUGCCACAUUUCGAGAUGUUUCGAAUUCUUUCGAUCAUCAUAAUUUGUAUACAAAAGAUCCGAUUCUUCGAAAUAUUCUUGGUGUCAAUAGAAAUGUGCCUAAGUUCCCAGUUACUACAAUUGCUCCACCACGACCUAAUCCUCUGGAAAUCACAAUUGAACAAAAACGAAAAAUGGAAGAAUUGAGAAAAAUGAAUUUGGUGAUUGAAAGUUUAUCGACAAAUGUGAUUGAUCAAAUUGUUCGAGGACUUGUUGAAGAAGAAAAAAUGAAAGAGAGAAUGCGUCGAAAAUUUGAAAAUGAGAAACGAAGAAAAGAGGAAGAACAACGAAAAAUUUUGGAGAAUCAGAAGAAACGUGUUGAAAUUGAGCAAAGAGUGGCGAGAAGAAUUCAAGAGAAUUUGGAGAAUAAAAUUGUUGAUGAUAUUUUGUGCAAGAUUAUUGACAAAGAAGCCGCGGAGCAGCGAAAACGGAGAGAAAUUCAGAUCGCCGAAAAAAUGACAAAUAAAUUCUGGGAGAAAAUUGUUAUAAAAUUUGUUGAUUCGCAUGUUUCGAAGAUUUGUGGCGAAUUUGUUGAACACAAGAAUCAGGUAAAUAUUUUGAAAGUGGAUUCUGAGCACAAAAUAAAUGAUGCUCAUUUGAAAGAGCAUGUUCUAAUUAGUAGAAUCCUCGAAGGAUUUUUUCUGGAAGCUUCUCAAACAUUAGUUUAAAAAUUUCAAACUUCGAAUAAACAUUGAAACACCGUGGUGGCCAGUAGCUUGAAUUUAAUGUUUGAAAAGCUUCCAGAAAAAAUCCUCCAGGAAUUGUACUAAUCAAAACAUGCUCUUUCAAAUGAGCAUAGCUUUUUUUGAUCAGACUCCACCUUUAAAUGAGUAAGAAAAUAAAAUCAAUCGAUGAAAAAAUUUCAGAUUCGAUCGAAACUCGAGAAUUUCAAGCAAAAUAUCAGCAGACAAUGGUUGCUUCAAUUCUGCAAUCAUUGGCGAGAAUGGGCUAAAACGAAAAAAGCGAAACGGAUUAGAAGAGCUGAAAAAAUUAGAGAAUGUAUUCCAAAAUGGGAAGCAGCACAAGGUAAAAUUCAGUUUGGAAAUUUUUUUAAAAAUCCAUAUUUUUUUCAGAUACAAGUCUUCUUCGAAAAUAUGAUCGCGAAGAAAAAAAGAUGAAUCUGAGUCCAAAAGAGGCUGACACAUUUGUGAGAUCGAAAAUCAUUGAAAAACGACGAGAACAUCGAAUAGCUCGAAGAGUUCUAUCAAAAUGGCAACAAUUUGCAGCCGAAAAACGAGAAAUUCGAAAAAUGGCAACUGAAAUGUGUCGAAAAGAGAAUGCAUUUUUUGAGAAAUUUGGAAAAUUGGAAAUUUUACGAAAACGAACAUUUACUUUUGAUGAUCCGGAGGAAAUUGUGGAGAGAAAACGAAGUCCGAAAAGAGAGCCGUUGAGAGAAUCGAAAUCGUUUUCAGUUUUUGAAGCAUCGACAAGCAGUGCUGCAGGUAUUGUUUUUUAUUUGAAAAAAGUAGAAUAUUUUAUGAGAUCUUGAAGAAAUUAGAAGCUUUCAGAGGAAUUCGAGAUUUUUGUAAUUCAAAUUUUCUGAAAAACCAAAUUGAUCUGAAAAUUUUGCAGACAUAACCGUGGCUCGUGAUCAAAUCGAAACUUGGAAACACGAUGGAAUGCCGAGCGAAUUGAAAGAAAAACUGAAACGACGACGAGAAUCGUUUGAAAAAGAGCAGAAUGAGCACAUUUUGAAGAAAAAUAAACAGGAGGAAAUUAUGAUUGGAGGUAUUUUCUUUUUUGCAAAAAAAACUCCAUGUGGAACUUUUUGGAGCUGAAUAUUUUAUGCCAAAAAAAUCCACGUUUCAAUUUUUUUUGAAACGUGAACUUCCAGAUCUAAUUUCUAUCAAAAAAAAAUCCCAUUUUUCAGACAUUCAAAAGCAAACAUCAAAAAUGGACAAAAUGUCAGAAGAAGCAUCAAAACUAUUAGAAGAAGCGAACAAUUUCAAAAACGAGAUGCGUAAAUUCAUGUGUGAUUUGGAAAUUCGACGAGUAUCACAACAACUGUAG